CUCUUUCUCCCAUUCCCGCCGCCCCCAGAAGCUUCCAGCAGCAGGCGACGGAGACAUGGCGCCGCCGUUCAUCUACUUCCCCUCCGACGACAGCAGCAACGAUGAGAAGGCUGUCAUCAAGGCGGCCUUGGACGGCAACCUCGGCCGCCUCAAAGGUAUCGCGAAGAGUCUUGCCAAGCGAAACGGCGACCACUCUGCGAUUUUCUCUUUCAACACGGGUGGGGCUAAUGCGUUGCAUAUCGCGGCGUACGGGGGCCAUCUGGAGGUCUGCAAGUAUUUGGUGGAGGAGCUUGGGGGAGAUGGGAAUGCUCCUGGAUAUGGACCUCUAGCUCUAGGCUCAAGCCCGUUUAUGAUGUCUGCUCAGUCGGGUGAUCUUCCUACCUUCAGAUAUUUUCUUGAUCGUGGUGGUGAUCUGAUGAAAGCAGACGACAAAGGACGCACAGCUCUCCACCAUGCUGCGGGUAAAGGAAGUUGCAAGAUAACAGAGUUCCUCCUUUCAAAAGGAGUGCCAGUCGACUUGGACUGUGGCCGUGGAACACCACUCUACAUGGCUGCUACAAACGAGCAAGAUAAGACAGUGAAGAUUUUACUGGACCACCAUGCGAAUCCUAACAUCAUUAUUAGCGGUAUUGGAUCUCCCCUGCUGAGUGCUAUUAUUUACCGUUCAUUGAAGUGCGUGAAGCUACUGAUUAAGGCUGGUGCUGAUGUUAACGGCAAGGGUUCCAUCGUUACUCCUCUGGUAGUCUUAACGAUGCAAGGAGGUUACACCAACUACAUUAAGUUGCUACUGAAGGCUGGAGCAGAUCCUAAUAUUCCUGAUGAUCUGGGUACGUUGCCAAUAGAGCAUGCUGCAUUACGUGAUUGUAUGGAAGAGGUUGAAAUGUUGCUUCCUGUGACUACCCCAAUUCCAAAUGCCCCAGACUGGAGUAUCGAGGGAGUAAUUUCUUAUGCAAAAAUCGAAGAUAAAAAGCCAAUAGAGAAACGUCAUAUUGAAAGAAGAUACACUUUGCUCAAGUCACAGGCUGAUACGGCAUUCAGGCAAAAGGAGUAUAAGCUGGCAUCACAGUUUUAUGAUGUGGCAAUAGAUAUUAAAGAGAGUGCAACGCUGUAUGCAAACAGGAGUCUUUGUAAGCUGCUCAUGGGCAAUGGUGAUGGAGCUUUGUCAGAUGCGCUCAGGUGCAGAAUGCUACGACCUAAGUGGGCAAAAGCUUGCUUCCGUCAAGCUGCAGCUCACAUGCUACUCAAGGAAUAUAAACAAGCCUGUGAUGCUCUUGAAGAUGCACAAAAACUGGAUCCUGGGAAUACUGAGAUUGAGAUUAAAUUACGGAAAGCUAGGGAACUCAUGAAGAAUCCUCCUGGCGAUGGUGGUGAGCAGUGAGGCGCGGGCGUGCGCAUUGAACUGCAGCCUGCAACGUGUUCCAGUUUUCACUGAAGUGGAACUAGUAGGAACUUAUAAUCCUAGUGCUUUGAUAAGAACCAAAACUCAGCCCGGGCUGCAACAUGUUCCAGUUUUCACUGAAGUAGAACCAGAAGGAACUUCUAAUCCUAGUGUUUUGGUAUGAACCAGAAUUCUCAGCCCGGGGUAUCCCCAACCGAAACUAAAAAUUCUGUCCUAGGACGACUCUGUAUGAACUAGUCUUGUCUGACAGUGGGUUGUACCGGCAGUAUGUCAAUUUCUUUGCUUCUGGACGAGUAUGUUUGCA